AACACUGAAUGGAUAGAAUAUUUUAAACUGUCUACAUCAAUUGUAUGUUUUACAUAAACCAUGGUGUAUAUGUGAAAUAGAGAAGAUGCGAUAACACUUUACAGCCUUCAACUAUGCAAAUUAGGCCAACUUUAAUGCAAUAUGAUAUAUGCACUGUCAAACAAACGAGGUUUAAACAGUUGAGUUUAAACAGUUUUUACAAUCGGCGACACAAACAUUGAAAGUUAAAUAUGGAUAAAAAGAUCUGUAUAAUUGGUGCUGGACCUUGCGGAAUGGCAACAUUGUUUCAUUUUUCAAAAUUAAAACAAAUGCCUGAUGUCGUUUGUUAUGAGAAGCAGCGAACUUGGGGAGGGUUAUGGAAUUUUUCUUGGAGAACAGGAGUUGAUGAGCACGGAGAACCUUGCCCAAAUGGAAUGUAUAGAAACCUAUGGAGUAAUUCAAUAAAAGAAAUUAUGGAAUUUCCGGAUUACACAUUUGAAAAACACUUUGGUAAAACUACGCCUACUUAUUUGCCUAGGAGUGCCAUGAGGGACUAUUUGGAAGGUCACUGGACAAAUGGUGCAUGCACAGAUCUUAAGAAGUUUAUAGCGUUCAAUACAGUAGUGAGAUAUGUAAAAUUUAAUGACGAUGAGAACAAUUUUAUCGUCACAGUAGUUGAUCAUAGCACUGGCGAGACAAGAGAAGAAAUAUUUUCUCAUGUUGUCGUUGCAACUGGAAUUUUCAACACUCCAAAUGCACCAGAAAUCAACGGUAUUGGUGAGUUUCACGGUCGUAUUCUACACGCCCAUGAUUUCCGCGAUGCACAAGAGUUUACAGGUAAAAGAGUUCUGCUCAUAGGAGCUGGAUUUUCUGGUGAGGAUCUUGCUCUUCAGAUGCUUAAAUAUAAUGCAGAACGGGUUAUUUUAUCUCACAGAACUGCCCCAAAAAGUUCCACAUGUAUUAUGCCAGCUGGCAUCGAAGAAAGACCGCAGGUUGAUAGGUUUGAAACAACAAGAGUCCAUUUCAUUGACCAAACAUUUGCUGAUAUUGAUGCUGUCAUAUUCUGUACAGGUUACAUUAAUCACUUUCCUUUCCUUGAAAGUAGAUUUCGGAUAGAUGAGAAAACGCAUUUGUAUCCAGAAGGUUUAUACAAAGCUGCUUUGUACAUUAAAGCAGGAAACAGAAAUUUGUUCUACGUUGGAGCACAGGAGCAACUUUUUACAUUUCAUCUUUUCGAUGUAAUUGCAAACUGGACCGUAAAAUAUAUCGUAGGUCAGUUGAAAGAAGAGCCAAAAUGUCAAGAAGAGAUGGAAACUGACGCUAAUAUCUGGCACUCUAGAUGCGAAGCAGUUAGAAGUGAAACUGAUGCGUUUGAAGUUCAGUCUGACCUUGUUGAUCAUUUGGCUAAUCUCGGAGGAUAUACAAAAGAUAUUAUGAAAACUGUGCCGCAUAUCCGAAGAUGGUUCCAAGAAAGAAAGAGAAUAGAUAAAGGGCUUGCGAACUACAGAGAUGUUUGUUAUGCAAAUAUCCACAGUGGAAAAAUGGCGCCGAAGCAAACACCGUUUAUGGAGAAUUACGAUGAUAGCAUUGAGGCGUACUUGAAGUUU